UAUAUGUAACACUAUAAAUAUAAAUGGCUGACUCUCCACCUCAUCUUAACAUGAGUCAACAAGACCAUCCACCAAGCCCCACCGAAAAUCCUCUCAGCCCGCCACCAUCUCCGCCGCCGUCUCCUCCACCGCCGCCGCCGCCGUCGAUUCUUCCUCCUCCUCGGUCUUUACUACCGGCGGAGGCUAUGGUGCAGCAAUCGAGGGAUCAAUCGCAGCAUUUGCAGCCGAGUAUCAGCAGCGAAACACUGCCGUCGCCGAAAAAGGUCAAGAAAACCGCCGCCGGAACCUCCACCUCCGCCACCCGCCCCGCCGCCGGCGCCGGGAAGCACGCGGUGUACCGCGGCAUAAGGAGCCGCAGCGGGAAGUGGGUGUCGGAGAUUCGGGAGCCGAAGAAGACGACGCGUAUCUGGCUGGGCACCUACCCCUCGCCGGAGAUGGCCGCCGCCGCCUACGACGUGGCGGCGCUGGCCCUCAAAGGCGGCGACACCCUACUGAACUUCCCCGAUCGUGCUAGUAGGUACCCGACCCCGGAUUCGCCUUCCCCUCAGGACAUCCGCAGGGCCGCCGCCGCGGCGGCGGCUAUGAUGAAGCCGGAGAGCGGCGGCGAUGAAGCGCCGCCGGAGGCGGCGGCGGCCGCCGCCGGGGGGGAACCUCCUCCUAAUGCGGAGGCGUUGACUACUGGGCAUGAUCAAUUCGUCGACGAGGAGGCGCUGUUUCAUAUGCCUAAUUUACUGUUGAGCAUGGCGGAGGGAAUGCUGGUCAGCCCGCCGCGGAUGGGUUCCCGGCCGCUGGAUGACUCGCCGGAAAAUUCUGAUGCUGAAAGUCUGUGGAGCUAUAGUUUUGAUUAAUUAGCUCUGAUUUUAAUUAUUAUAUUAUUAAUUUAUUAUUAUA